AUUUUGCUGUACGUUGCACGCGAUGUACAUAGGCGCGCGCGCGUGUGUCUAUAUUUGCGGCAUUUGCGCACGGUACUUGCGAAUUGACAGCUGCCAGCUGCUGCCAGCACGAGUAGUAAAAGUAGCGGAUCAUGUAAGGACCUUUCGGGUUAAAGAGACAAUUUGCCAUCCUACAAGUGUUUGCACUGCUAAAGGGACACGUUAGAAGAGUUGGCAGGAUAGGCAGACGCAAGAGCGGGCGAAGAAGGAGUAGAGGAUCCAGAGGCAGAAUGACACGUCCUCCAAAUAAUGACAAUCUUAUGACCUUUAAAUUGGUCGUUGUUGGUGAUGGAGGUGUCGGCAAAAGCGCGCUUACAAUACAGUUUUUUCAAAAACUGUUUGUUGCAGACUAUGAUCCAACUAUCGAGGAUAGUUAUAUACAACACACAGAGGUAGACAAACAAUGGUGUAUCUUGGAUGUAUUAGAUACAGCUGGUCAGGAAGAAUUUAGUGCUAUGCGUGAACAAUAUAUGCGGAAAGGUGAUGGAUUUCUUUUGGUAUAUUCUGUGACCGAUAAACAAUCGUAUCAAAACAUUGUCAAUUUUCAUACUCAAAUUUUACGAGUGAAAGAUAGAGAUAUUUAUCCUAUGCUACUGGUAGCUAACAAAGUUGAUCUAGUGCAUUUGAGAAAAGUUACAGAGGAACAGGGAAGAGAAUUAGCUUAUCGUUUGGGCAUACCUUAUAUUGAAACUUCUGCCAAAGAUCCACCAUUAAAUGUAGACGUGGCAUUUCAUGAGGUUGUUCGUAUUAUCAGAAAUCAACCUCCGGCUGAAUUGGAGAAAAAUCAAAAAAAGCGACGGCGUACUGCAAAAAGGUGCAAUAUUUUGUAAAUUUUGAAGACAAACUGCGCACAUGUACAAGAACCAAGGACCAUGGUGCUGCAUCGUGCAUUGACUUUGUUUCUGAGAAAGUACGUCCUUGAGUUUAGGAAAGCCAUCAGAAAGAAUGAUUCUUUCGUUCUUCAUUAUAGGUAUCUAUGUUCUACUAUUUUCCAUCUUUUGCUGUUUAUUAUAUCAUAGCAUUAACAAGUGCUAUGAAGUAUCGUUUUUUUUAUACUAUGUAAACAAUAUUUAUAAAGAGUAUUUAUCAUAGAAGUGUGCCAAUGAGAAAUAAGAAGGUUUUGAUGCCAAUACUAUAAAAAUGAAAUUAGAUUUUUUUAAAUCUAAUUUAGGAUUAAUUUAUUACAAUAUUUUUAGCAGAAAAUAAGCAUUUGAGAUAUUGACUGCAUGAUAAAUUGAGAUUACAUCUCUGUCCAUGUGUGCGUGUACACAUCAAAUUUUCUACCAUCGAAAAAAAAUACACACACACACACACACACACACAUAUGAAAUUGAACGUUUUUUAUUGCACACAAUACAUAAUAUUACAAGUUUUUUUACUUCUUCGCGUAUUAUAAGAAAAGUCCUUGUCAUAAAAUGACUACAAUCAUUUCGUCGAUAUCGAGCUCAUCUUUGAAAUAGUUGUUAUAAUUUUAAAUGACUUUAUUUUAUUAUAAUAUCCUUUUCCUUUUCUUUCAUAAUUAAGAUAUUCUCUU